ACCGCCUCGGACAUAUAUAAUGACCCACGAGACUGCUAAAUUUCACAUUGUGAUUUCGUGUUCUCUUCGCAGGUUCUCGUUAAGAAGUCGGUUACCUUUUUAACUAAGUUUCUUAUCAAACAGAAGUACAUAUAUGGUUGAUAUCGACGUACAGAUCCCUACCACUUUUGAUCCAUUUGCUGAGGCCAAGGACUCGGGUGCCCCGGGAGCAAAGGAGUAUGUUCAUAUUCGCAUCCAACAGAGGAAUGGAAGGAAAAGCCUGACUACGGUGCAAGGGCUGAAGAAAGAGUUCAGCUAUGAAAAAAUCCUGAAGGAUCUCAAAAAGGAAUUCUGCUGUAACGGGAAUGUUGUGCAGGACAAAGAGCUUGGCAAGGUUAUUCAACUGCAAGGUGAUCAGCGGAAGAACGCUUCCAGUUUCCUUGUUCAGGCCGGGAUUGUGAAGAAGGAUCAGAUCAAAAUACAUGGUUUCUAAGGCAAAGAUCUGUCGGCAUUAAGAAAGAUAAUAUUUGGUCUAGUUUGGCUUUUAUUAUGCGGGGAUCAUAGAGACUUACGACUAUAUUUGUGGUCUGCCUUAAUUAGGAUAUAGUUCGUCUGUACUUUUAAUCGCUUCUCUUUGCCUUUGGCUUGCUUGGACAUGGCAAUUCUAGUACAAUGUCUCUCUAUUGGUAAUAAAAUAAAAUGUUUUUUGCGGAAA